GCAGAAAUUAUUCUACAGCAAUAUGAAGCUGCAUGCAGAUGUAUAUGACAAAUUAUAUUUAUACAUAACUCCUGAAAAGUUUUAUGUUGAACCUAUUGGAACUAAAGUGUUACUUGUAGUUGAUAGAGUGAGUCAGCAAAUUUAUACACAAGCUGGUACAGCCAGUCAAAUUCCAUCAACUGCAAGUCGUAGAAAAAUAUGGGGUAUAAUAGGAACUAUAAGACUGUUAGCAUGUCGGUAUCUUAUAGUUAUAUCAGAAGCUGCAGAAGUUGGAACCAUAGCUGGCCAUCAAAUUUUUAAAAUAGUUGCAACAGAAGUUAUACCCUAUACUAAAUCUUCAUUGCAUCUUAGUGAAAAACAAGUGCAAAAUAAUUCAACAUAUUUAGAAAUGAUCAAAUCUGUAUUAAGUACACCUUAUUUUUAUUUUAGUUAUACAUAUGAUCUUAGCCAUACUAUGCAAAGACUUCAUAAUACACCACCUGAAUUUUUGCAGAUGCCACUUCAUGAUAGAGUAGAUCCAAGAUUUGUAUGGAAUGCAUAUCUUCUACAUGACCUAACAUCAAGGCCUGAACAGUAUAAAUUCUGUUUGCCUAUUAUUCAUGGAUUUGUGUCAUUAAAUACUAUUACUGUAACUGGUAGCACAUCAUUUAAUUUGGGUAUUGUAUCUAGACGCAGUGUGCAUCGUGCGGGAACAAGGUUGUUCUCACGUGGUAUAGAUUCUACUGGUAAUGUUUCUAAUUAUGUAGAAACAGAGCAAUUGAUCGAAUUCAGUGGACAUCGCAUUUCUUUUGUACAAACACGUGGCUCAAUUCCUUUGUUCUGGUAUCAGGCACCAAAUCUAAAAUACAAACCUAAACCUCAGUUGAGUACUCAUGAAGAUCAUCAGACUGCCUGUGCUCGACAUUUUGAAGCUCAAAUAUUUCAUUAUGGGAAACAAAUUUUAAUAAAUUUGAUUGAUCAACGUGGUCCAGAAGCUAUACUUGAAAACACAUACCGUAAUGUAGUACAACGAAUAAAUAAUGAAAACGUUCGGUAUGAAAGUUUCGACUUUCAUGCUGAAUGUAGACGAUUAAGAUGGGACCGAUUAAACGUUCUACUCGACCGAUUAGCUCACGAUUUAGAACAAAUGGGUUAUUUUUUACUGUUGGAAGAUGGAACACUUUUAUCAGCGCAAGAUGGAGUUUUUCGAACCAACUGUAUCGAUUGUCUUGAUAGAACGAACGUUGUUCAAAGUAUGAUAGCAAAGAGAGUUCUUAAUGAUGCGUUAUCGAGGUUGGAAAUUCUUAGAAGGAUCGAAGAUCAUCCAAGUAUCGAAGAUCUUUUCAAACGGAUUUGGGCUGAUAAUGCGGAUGUAAUAAGUAUUCAGUACUCAGGUACUGGUGCAUUGAAAACAGAUUUUACACGAACGGGAAAACGCACUAAGUUAGGUGCAAUGAGAGAUGGUUUGAACUCUUUAACAAGAUAUUACAAAAAUAAUUUUACCGAUGGUUACAGACAAGAUUCAUUGGACUUAUUUUUGGGUCGUUACAUCAUUCAAGAUGGCGAAUGCACAUUAGUACAAUGUCCUUUGGAGUCUGAAAGAAAUUGGCGUUAUGCUACGUUCCCCUUGGUACUUCUCGUUGCAUCAUCUAUGUUGGUAGCUCACAUAAUACUUCCUUCGAGAUAUAGUACUGAAAUUUUGUUGUAUAUGUUAUUUUGGGGUGCUAUGGUAGCCGGUACAUUCGCGACUAUCAUUCAUCAUGGCAAACAAUAUGUGGAUAAACCUAAAUUGAUUUAA